CAUAUUCUCAAUGCACCGGAAUCGAGACACUUCUUUUUGAAUUCCAUUAAUUUAUCAUCCCUCACGUCCGCUCAGCCCAGGCCUCCUCCCUCCCUCCCUCCUCCUCCUCCUGCUGACACAGUUCCAUUCCUCGAUUCCCAAAACCAGAGAAGAAAAGAAGAAGAAGGGCGAUUGGAGAAAGACCAACAAUGGCGCCGUCGACGGUGUACCGACUCAUAUUUUCAGCUUCACUCUUCCUCCUACUUCUGGAUAGUUGCAGGGGAAGCACGAUUGGAGUUUGCUACGGAAGAAAUGCAGAUAAUUUACCCACCCCAGAUAAAGUAGCUCAGCUUGUUCUUCUUCACAAUAUCAAAUACGUCAGAGUAUACGAUUCCAACAUCCAAGUCCUCAAAGCCUUCGCCAACACCGGUGUAGAACUCAUCAUUGGAAUCGCUAACUCCGAUCUGCUUCCAUUCUCCCAGUUCCAGACCAAUGCCGAUACCUGGCUUCAAAACAACAUCCUUCCUUACUAUCCUGCCACUAAGAUCACCCAUAUCACAGUCGGAUCAGAAACAACCGAAACCCUCAACACCAACUUCGCCGCCAUGGUUGUCCCCGCCAUGAGAAACGUUCACACCGCCCUUAGAAAAGCUGGGUUACAAAGAAAGAUCAAAGUUUCAACUAUACAUUCCCUCGGAGUUUUAUCCACAUCUUUCCCCCCAUCUGCCGGCGCUUUCGAUAGUAAAUUCUCUUUCUUUUUGAAACCUUUGUUGGGAUUUCUUGCGGAAAAUCAUUCGCCAUUCAUGGUUGAUGUGUACCCUUACUAUGCUUACAUGAACUCUCUCAAUAACGUGUCUUUAGAAUAUGCUCUGUUUGAAUCAUCCUCUCAAGUUAUAGAUCAGAAUACUGGUUUGCUCUAUACGAACAUGUUCGAUGCUCAGAUUGACGCCCUUUACUACGCCCUUGCGGCUCAAAACUUCAGUACUGUCAAGAUCAUGGUUACUGAAACUGGCUGGCCUUCAAAGGGUUCUGUCAAGGAAACGGCUGCAACUCCAGACAAUUCCUUAACAUACAACACUAAUCUGAUUCGACAUGUGAUCAAUGAUACGGGCACUCCUGCAAGACCUGGGGAAGAGCUGGAUGUGUACAUUUUCUCUCUGUUUAAUGAGAACAGGAAGCCGGGAGUGGAAUCAGAGAGAAACUGGGGAUUGUUUAAUCCGGAUGAAACUAGUGUUUAUGACCUUGAUCUGACCGGACAAGGAGGAGGAAUUGCAGUGGUGAAUAAUAUAACCGGGCAGGGGCAGACUAAUGUUACGGGUUUGGGUUUGAAUGGAACAUCAUGGUGCAUUGCUUCUUCGUCGGUUAAUGAAUCUGCUCUGCAAAUCGCGCUUGAUUGGGCCUGCGCGCAGGCGAAUGUGGACUGCGCGAGCAUUCAGCCCGGGCAGCCAUGUUUCGAUCCUGAUACAUUAGCUGCACAUGCAUCUUACGCCUUUAAUAGCUAUUACCAGCUAAAUGGAGGCACGGACAUGGCUUGUAACUUUGGUGGAGCAGGAUUGUCAACAACAGAGAACCCAAGCCAUGACAGGUGCAUUUAUUCGACAACAAUAGAGGCGAACAGGAAUGGUUCUUCUUUAUAUAAUGCUACUGUGUCGCCUUUGAUUUCAACUCCGACAUCAACCUCAGGAGGAUCGUCUUCGUCGUCAACAAUUGGGAUGGUGGUGGGCUGCUGCUUCUUCUUUGUCUUUUUUUCCUUGUUCUGAAUCAUCAAGAUUCUGGACUUUGUUGAUCAAAGUGUUGUUGCUCUUUGGUCAGAUUUUGUAAGAUAUUUUUGCCCACGGAAUGUAUCUAUUCUAUGUAUGCAGGAUUUUUUAAUAUUUUUUUGGUCUCUUAGAAAAUGUAUUAAGGAUUUAUGAUGAAGUUAGUUGAUAGUUGAGAUUAUUUGUUAGAUUCUAAAAAAAUGUCAGAUUAUUUGCAUCUUG